AAUUUUGAAUGCAACUCGAUCGAUGGAGUUCUGAGGAAACUGACCAAUCGGAUCGGAGAACUCCAAACUUUCCAAAUGUAAAUAAAAACACAUGUGUUUAUUUCCACGUGAAGAAAAUCUACAUUUUCCGUACAAUCUUCAAGUAAAUUCCCCGAGAAAUAUCCUGAAAACGAGCAAACUUCCGUCAUGAGUACGCAGCGAGGAAACGGGUCUCGAACGCGAGCUCAAAAGUACAAAAACACGUCGGUCUUCAAGAACGACAAGUACGACAAAACGCCCAAGAACCUGCAGAUCAACAGGCUGCAGGUGGUGAACGUGUGCGAGCACUGCAAGGGCGUCAUCGAGUGGAAGAUCAAGUACAAGAAGUACAAGCCGCUGACGGCCCCGGCCAAGUGUCCAAAGUGCCUGGAAAAGACCGUCAAGCACUCGUACCACACCUACUGCAUUCCCUGCGCCAGAGAGGCCAAGAUGUGUCCCAAGUGCGGCAAGAAGACUGCAAUCGAAGAGGUUGAGGAGGACCAGACCAAGCUGGACAACGAGAUGCAGCAGCUCUUGAAAACCCUGCCUGAGAGGAAACGGAGAACUUUUCUCCGAUACUUGGCCAAUAAGAAGAAAGAAAUAUCGGACGAACCGGACAAGAAACAUGAGCAUGUUAAGGACGAUUUAGAGGCAAAAUUAAAUGAGCUGAAAUUGGCGGCGAAUAAAGAGGACGACGAAGACUUCAGUGAUGAUGACUUUGACUCUGAUCUUGAUGACUGUGAUGAGGAGGAAUCGGAAGAUUAAUAAUAUUUAAAUGUUUUUUAAAGGCAAAAAAAAAUUAAACUUUUUUCUAACCCUUGAAAAAUAUGGAUUC